AUAUAAUGUUGUUUGGUAAUAAAUAAGCAUGUUUUAUGAGUGUAUUAUUACAGUAUUAAAAUAUUUAAAAAAUUAAUUGUUAUAUAAUGGUAUAUUUCCUGGCACUAUCCAGUAGUUUGUUUUAAAUUGUCCUUUAACAAGUUAAAACAAUGCUAUUUUACGUUGUGACAAUAUCCUGCGUGCUUGCAUUGGCGUCGGCUGGCAAAGACGACUGUAAACCAACCUGGACUUGUCACGAUGCUGAACAUUAUGAAAUUCUAGGACUCAAUAGCACAUGUAAUCCUGGAACAGUAUGCAACCAAGAUUACACAGAUGAAUGCAACCCUUGUGUAGAAUUGAAUGCCGAUACUUGCCAGUUCACUUGUGAUCCUGCCAAUAUGGGCCAGGCCACCGUAACAAUUAGCAACAAUGAUGUUACCGUAAAUUGCAACGAGGGACAAAAGUGUAAUAUAUUAUAUUUGAACGAUUGCUCUCCUUGCAUUGCAGAAACCUGCGAUCCAGUAUGGAAAUGCAAUCCUGACAAGGAAACUGAAGUAUCUGUCAGUGGAGUAACAAUUAACUGUCGCGAUCGUAAAGUAUGCAACAAGGACUACAAAUAUCCUUGUGAUAUGUGCGUUGAUAAAUUCCCUGGUAUAACUUAUCCACCAAAUUGCAAUGAUGGACAUGGUCAUUCCAAUCCAUGCAGACCUGGACCAAUUGGCAGCCGAAAAUAUUAUACCUGCAAGAAAGUCGGCAAAUUCUACUUUGAUUACGAAGAGAAAAAAUGUCUGUGGCAAUUCCUGGACGGCACCUGCAAGAAAAACAAAGAAAUUUGUACUUAGAAAAAUGUAUACACUGCAAUAAUCAGAAUAUAAACGUAAUCCGUUAAUAAAUGCAUUAAAAAUGUAAUAAA